GUCAAAUCAAGUAGACAUUUUGAGUGAAACGAGCAGAUAUCAACUUAUCCACUUGUGAGUUAACCACUGAUACUAAAGUCACUUUAAAGGGAAAUUCUGAAGCUCGAAGUUAUUUACAAAAUCAUUUAAGUCAAAUUGUUUAAUGGUGUGAGUUGAGAUUGGUUAUUCAUACCUCAGCUGAGUUGCCAUCUGCCGCUCGCCCCUUCUAACCAAAGAGGAGACAAGGCACAGCGCCGUAACAUGACAGCAAGGAGGAGAGCAAGGCGGCAGGGCAGGGGACUGUCAGCCCUCGCCGCCUCUGCUCCCCAGACCACCUCAACAGAAGCACUACUUUGGACAGUCAUCUGAGUGAUGUUCAUGUGACUGCUUCUGUCCAAGCAUGUGUAGAAAAUGUUUAGAUUAAAUCACAAUACAUCUUACACGGGAGAGCACAAUUCUCUUCCCCCUCUCCGCCCUCCCGGCCCUCCAUGACCCAGCGGUGAAUUCGUCUCAGCCCGUUUCACCCAGUGGAUCACAGAAGCUGUGUGGGACACACGUGUUCGACUGUAUAUAAAGAGAUGUUUACCCUCACCAUCUCACUCCACUCUGGAACAGAGGACCCACACCAGCAGAUCUAAGAAGCUCUCUGAGACAUUAUCCACAAUGGCAUACAUCACACAUCUGGAUGUGUCCCUCAAUACAGAUGAGGAGCAAUAUCUCCAAGCACAAGGCUACCUGAAAAUAAAUGUUAAUCUGAACAAAGGGGCAGGAGGAAACAACAUCUACAUUUGGUACAGUAAAGAACAUGAAGCUCCAUCGAUCACCAGGCUUCAAGUCACAUUCAAUGAUGACAUGGCUGUUGGAUUGAUCAAAGCAGGGUACACAAAGAUCAAUAAAGAUCUCAAUGCUGGAGCUGGAGGUGAUUACAUCUACCUUUGGUACUUCAGAGGGCAGACAGCGUACGAUACUCCCAUAGUGGACAUCGAUGUCACUACAGAUGCAGAGAAUGGCGGCUGGAAGUUUCGCUUUGGCUGGGAGAGACUGGCCUGUGAUCUGAACCGCCACAUUUAUGGGAACUGGAUCUACGCCUGGGUGAAGAGAGAGAAACAAACAUACAUCUGUGACGUCACUGCCACUGAAUCCUACGGAUCAGACGCAGAUCUCCUCCAGGCUGGUUACAUCCGUGUGGAUGAAGAUACUAAUAGGGGUGCAGGAGGAGCCUUUGUCUUCAUCUGGUACCGUCAGACCACUGACCCCAAGCGUGCACUCAAGGCUCUGCAAAUCUCCACCACUGAUACUCAGUAUCAGCAACUUCAGCAGCAAAAUUACAACUCCGUCAGUGUUAACCUCAAUGAGGGGACCGACGGUCACCCGGUGUACCUGUGGUUCAAGAAAGAGGGAUCCAGACCCAUUAAGGCCAUCACCAUACUUGUCAACCCAGCUGCUGUGGAGGUGUAUGUGAAGGCUGGUGUGAAAGUUAUCAAAAGAGAUCUCAACACAGGCAAUGAUGGUGCAACUGAAUACCUUUGUUAUUAUCAGUGAAGACCUGAGAAAGCCUCCAUGGCAGCAGAGCAGAUCAUUCUCAACACUCACUGAAGUGGAAAGUUCAAUAAUCAUUUUUCAUCUUUUUCAUCUUUAUUUUUUUCAUCAUUUAUAAAACAUUUUUUAUUGUGGUAUUACUGGUAAUAUAAGAAACUAUCAAUAGGUGAUGGGUUUUAUAGCUUAAUUUGCUGUCAAUCAAUUUAAAAUGGCAGUUUUUUUUCAACACUGAUUACAACAUUAAUGAAAGAUUGAAUGUUCUGUCACUUUAAUCU